GCGAACGGCGGGGUACAUCCGGUACUGGUUGCCAGACAAUCACGGAGAGAACAUAUGAACUCCACACAGGUGAGCCGGGGAUUCGAACCGAGAUCCUCAGAACUGCGAGACAGCAAUACCUCCAGGUCUCGAGAGGGCGCUGUCGCAAAAGUGCUCAAUGUUGUGUUUACGAACCGAGCGGGCAAGAUGGCAGAAGCAGACCAACCAAAAGAAGGCUCCUGUACUUUCUUGUUCAAGAAAUCCACAAAGAAAUUUUCGGGGCGGAAAAGAAAGGCCAGCGACAGCGAUAAAGAUGGGACCAGUGAUGAAGAUCUCAGUUCUGUGGUCAGAAAGGAUAAGAAAAAGACGCGAGUAAAUCCGAUGAUUCAAAAGUCCAAAAAAGUGGAAAAAGAGACUGUGUCUUCCAGUGAAAGUGAAGAUGGCAAAGAGGACAAGAUAACCAUUUCCUACAAGUCCACACGUUCAGCUAAACCAGAGGGCCCGGAGGACAUGGGCGCCACAGCGACAUACCAACUGGACACGGAGCGCGACAAGGACGCUCAGGCCAUCUUUGAGAGGAGCCAGAAAAUCCAAGAGGAGCUGACGGGCAAGGAGGACGAUAAGAUAUACCGUGGCAUAAACAACUACCAGAAAUUCAUCAAACCCAAAGAUACCACGAUGGGCAACGCAUCCUCUGGCAUGGUCCGGAAAGGACCCAUCCGAGCCCCGGAGCACCUGCGAGCCACGGUCAGGUGGGACUACCAGCCGGACAUCUGCAAGGACUACAAGGAGACCGGAUUCUGCGGCUUUGGAGACAGCUGCAAGUUCCUCCAUGACCGAUCCGACUACAAGCACGGCUGGCAGAUUGAGAGGGAGCUGGAGGAAGGCAGAUACGGCGCUAAUGACGAGGAAAACUACGAGGUGAGCAGCGACGAGGAGGACUUGCCCUUCAAGUGUUUCAUCUGCAGGGAUUCCUACAAGAAUCCAAUUAUAACAAAGUGUCGCCAUUACUUCUGCGAGGCCUGCGCCCUGCAGCACUACCGCAAGUCCAAACGCUGCUACGUGUGCAACACUCAGACCAACGGCGUCUUCAACCCUGCUAAAGGUGUGAUUGCGAGUGCGGCUGUUUGUCUCGAUGUGCCCUGCAAUCAGCUGGCGACCAGUUCAGGGUGUACCCCGCCUCCUGCCCAUUGACAGCUGGGAUAGCCUCCAGCACUCCCCGUGACCCUCGUGAGGAUCAGCAGCAAAUAAAAUGGAUGGAUGGAUGUUGUAAGAGCAGUUAAAAAGUUAAUUUGGCAAUAUUUGACUACUUUUGUAAACUUGCUCCUCUUUUUUCAGCGAUGUUAUUUUAAGA